CACGCUCGGAACCUUUGUGGCGGAGGCUGCUUUUUCCGAGCAGACUGGUUUUGGAACUGUACCUAACGCGGAAGUGGAGGCAUCCCGAGGAGCGAGAGCCGGUCAGCCGGUUAUGGCCCCGCUGCUCGUCUUGCUGCUGGCCGGGGCGGCAGCGGCUUCCAGGGGGGACCGGGAGCCGGUGUACCGAGAAUGCGUGUCAGGCUGCGAGCAGAGUAACUGCACCGGGGCCAGACUCCGCGACUUCCGGGCGGAGCAGCCGCUCUACAUGAGGCUCACGGGUUGGGGAUGUCUGGAUGACUGCCGGUACCAGUGCAUGUGGUACACGGUUUCCCUGUACCUGAAAGAAGGAUACGCCGUGCCCCAAUUCCAUGGAAAGUGGCCAUUCUCCCGGUUCCUGUUCUUUCAGGAGCCGGCCUCAGCCUUGGCCUCCUUUCUCAAUGGGAUAGCCAUUCUCCUGAUGCUGCGCCGCUACCGCUCCUCGGUCCCUCCGUCGUGCCCCAUGUACCACACCUGUUUGGCUUUUUCCAUGAUCUCCAUCAACGCGUGGAUUUGGUCCACAGUUUUCCACACGAGAGACACUGCAAUAACAGAGAAAAUGGACUAUUUUUGUGCCUCUGCAGUUAUUCUGCAUUCUAUCUACCUGUGCUGUAUGAGGACUCUUGGUUUGCGAUACCCUUCUUUUUCCAAUGCAUUUGGUGCUCUUCUGGUGCUCCUGUUUGCGUGCCAUGUCUCCUACCUGACCCUUGGGCGAUUUGACUACAGCUACAACAUGGUGGCAAACGCCAGCUUCGGCAUGGUGAACUUGGUCUGGUGGUUGGUUUGGUGUAUGCGGAGGUGCUCCCACCAGCCCUACCUUUGGAAAUGUGUGUUGGUUGUUGUCCUGUUGCAGAGCCUAGCACUGCUAGAGUUGCUGGACUUCCCACCUGUCCUAUGGGUGCUGGAUGCCCAUGCGCUGUGGCACUUCAGCACCAUCCCACUGCACUUUCUCUUCUUCAGUUUUCUGGAGGAUGACAGUCUUUACUUACUCAAGGUGAACUCGGACGUGCUAAAACUGGACUAGAACAAGGAAUUAGAUGAAUUUGUCUCCUUCCUUCUGGGCUGGUCCCCAUUAUGUGCUCUGCUCUGCGCGAGACAUUCACCAAAUAGCAGACCUCUGUCCCAGAUGCCAUCUGCUGACCCCCCAACAACUAUGGGUGUCUGAGAAGUGCCUUAUUGUCAGUUUGAGAUUGGCUUCACACAGGAGGAGGACAUACGAUAAAAUGUACGAGUCGUGGGACCCGCAGCAUAUGGAUUCUUUCUAUGCUGCCGUUUAAAUAACUUAUGUCCAUUGUGCAUGUGCGAUGCUGGUGAGAUCCUCUUCUUAAUGGAACCACUGUUCUGACCUUGAAGAAAAGUUUACGCAAAAUGUUAUUUGGAAGCCUUUCUCCACCAGAGGACACUUUGGCGGAGAAAUGGUUCCGAGCUUCUUGUGAAUUCGGGGAUUAUGUUGCCAUAUUUUGUGCGCUCCACUGCUGUAUUGCUCUGGUUCAUUUCAGACUCUUUGUCGGUUCUGCACCAGGGGAGGGAGGGAGGUAGGGUGCAUGCGCGCGGUGCCUUGUUGUGUGUGGCAGAAACCUUCGCUCAUCUGUGCAAUAAAUGUCUGCUUUUUGUGUUGGAUACAUCUAAUAAUAAGACUGAUUCACAAA